ACACAUUAGCUGGAGCCGGAUCUCGUGCUUGGGACACUCGCCCAAAUGGCCGUGUUUGAAGCCUGACCAGAAGUACAACAGCACUGGAUGGACGGAUUGGGAUAUUUGUAGAGAAAUCAACACACAGAUCUGGAGGUUUACUAAAUACGAGGUACAGCACGUGGUACGAGAGUUACCCGCCCUUUCUAUAUUCGACCUUCGUUGAGGAAGUGGACCGGCAGUUGAGAUAGGACAGGUCCAAAUUCCAGGAGAAAUCAGCCGAUAUGUCAGUUCUUCGGCGUGUUUUGUCUUACACCAGUGAUCCGGAGGUGGUGGCAAGAUUCCAAAAGGCAUGUGGUAUCAUCCACGCACCUGAUCCAGUCAAUUUAAAAGACGAAAACAGGCAUAAUGGGAAUAUAUCCCAGCACCCGAACGGCAUUUCUCCAGACGCUUUUCCGGGUGGGAAAUCUUCGCUUGUAAAUGGUGUUUGUUCCAAUACAGGUCGUAAAAUGGAUUCCGAAGUUGUAGACACUAAAUCACACACAAACCAAGAUUCGGAUUCACAAGUCAUCCACAGGAACGGUGUUGUGAAAAACCACGAAAUUACGGAUAAAGGCAAGAAGAGGGCAGUGAACGGUGUGAUUCGUACCGGUACGGUGCCUUUCCGCAUCGAAAACGCCCUCUUGUACUAUGUAUUUUCCUUCGGGGCACAACUUGGAAAUGCUACAUUUUAUAUGCUAUUUUAUUCUUUCUCAUUUUGGAACUUUGACUCCUAUGUUGCCCGGAGAAUAUGUCUAGUUUGGUGUAUAUGCAUGUAUUUUGGACAGGCAACUAAGGAUAUCGUGCGUUUGCCACGCCCCAAAUCCCCACCCGUCGUUCGACUGGAAACUCGAUAUGAACUCGAGUACGGAAUGCCUUCGACUCAUGCAAUUGUUGGGACAGCCAUUCCUCUUUCGAUGCUUAUAUUCACCAAUGGGAGAUAUGAGUAUUCCAUGUUUAUUGGCCUGCUCGUAGCAGUAGCCUGGUGCAUUCUGGUCUGUCUCAGUCGGAUCUACCUCGGCAUGCACAACAUUCUGGAUGUGAUCGUGGGCCUUUUCUUUGCGAUCGUGGUGAUGACCUUCACCGUGCCCUUCGUUGACCCGGUCGACAAGUUUCUCGUCACACAUCCGCUGUCACCCUUGAUUUUGCUGUCUCUACCCAUAAUCCUCUCUCUGCUCUAUCCCAAACUGGACAAGUGGAGUACGGCACGUGGCGACACGACUCUCAUCCUGUCCAUCACCGGCGGCCUGUUCCUAGGCAGCUGGAUAAACUACAACCAAGGCUUCAUGAGCCCUAACGACGCCUCCCUCCCCUUCUCACUGAACUUCCAAUACCAGGCCGUCCUAACCGCCAUGAUGAGGCUGGUGUCAGGAGUAGCUGUCACCCUUGUGUUGCACCACUAUAUGAAGAACACUGUGUAUGCGUCACUCUGUUUCGUCCUCAGUAUGGAUCCCAAAGAUCCGAAAACCAAACAAAAGUUCAUUGUGGAACUCCCAUACAAGUAUCUGAGCUACUUCAUGAUUGCACUGAACACUGUAUAUACAAUGCCUCUCAUGUUCUACUUCAUUGGCAUUCCACGAAUGUCCUACUACACAGAAAUUUAAUGCCGUUAGGCUAGUCAGGGAAAUAUUGUUUAAAGCUUUGUAUAUGGCUGCUCAUCUUAACAAUCAUAAACCCUUAGCGGGUCUUCGGUACUAUAAAGGUAAAGUAUAUCUCUUUGACUCCUUCCACCUCCCCACGUACCUGUCCCCUCUUCUCUACCCACCCUCACAUGUGGGUGUGGGUGUUGUGUUUUAGGUGUGAUAACUCCCAUAAAAUUUGAUAAAAAACAUGUAGACUUUUCCUUCCUGUCUGUAGUUUCAGCGUAGUGAUAAAAAAGUAUUAAGCUAAACAUAGUAAUGCUAAACACAAAGUGCUACAUUUAUUAACUGGCCACAUGUUUUAUUGCCAGCAAGUAUUUCAAGUAAAUACAUCAACUUUGCCUGUCAUGAGAUGAGAUAAACAUGGAUAUACUCUGAAAACUUAAGACAGUGCUCUCUUAUUAUGUAUUUUCUUGGAAUAUUUUAUAAUUAUACUCUGAAAACUAUAGCAUCAUUGAAAAUAGCUCUGACAUACCGUAUUCGACGUAAUAAGCGCCCCGCUCUAAUAAGGGCCCACGGCGAUAUUUGCUUAUAUAUUGGCUAGUGAACAAUCCUAAUUAGCACCCCUUCCGAUUGAUCAAUGUACACAAGACU